AUGAGCACCAAGCCCUAUCAAUGUCAGCGAUGCCCCCGGGCUUUUGCCCGUCUCGAGCACCUGCAGCGCCAUGACCGAUCGCAUACCAAAGAGAAGCCCUACGUCUGCGUUCAAUGCCCCAAGGCAUUCACUCGCAAAGAUCUUUUGGCCCGCCAUGAACGACUCUCUCAUCAACCUGGGCAUAGUCCUACUGGUAAUCGGACACAUACACCUUCACCCUCACAUACAGCUAUGGACGGACUAGACACCCUGGCAUCUGUCGUCACUGAUCAUGCGCAAUCGGAUCGUCGUAUGCUGUCGGGCAGUAGUCCACAAUUCACAGAGGGCGUGUCGGUGCAUCGCACGCCAAUGAUGGGCGCCCGACUAGCAAAUCCCGAAACACCAUCAGCAGCGCCCCCAACUCCUCUGCCGGGCCCGGAGUUUGGAUAUCCUCUCGGUGGCUUCGCAGGAUCCUAUGAAGGAAACGAUUUUACCUCAUUUCUGGAUAGCGUGCCUCUGCCUAGCCACCCAUUUUCACCGGCAUUCCAGCCCCUGCCUCUCUUCCCACCCUUGACGUAUUCCCCAGUCACAGACUAUGAUCAGUCUUCGGAGAGAGGCCAACCUUCCGAAUCUAUAUCGACGCCUUCUAGCUCAGUCUUACCGCGCCAUGGCGCUCAAUUACCAUCACUUCAGCCGGAGGGCUAUCAAACUACUCCGAAGGCGCGACAGCCGACAGGAUUCGUUCCAGUCACUGCUCAAUGUCGAGACAAGGCCCUUGAAUCAUUGGCUGAAUAUUCUGCUGUUGUGCCAGAUCCAUCAUUACCUUCAAGACAUGCUUUGUCUCGCUGUUUGACAGGGUACCUGAUGGGAUUUCACGAUCACUACCCAAUCGUGCAUAAGCCGACAUUAGAUGUGGAUUCAAUGUCAUUGCCCCUGUUUCUAUCCAUGGCAGCACUGGGUGCAAGAUAUUCUCGGGAACCAGACACAAGCAUGCGCCUCUAUCAGAUUGCCAAACCAGUCACACUGGAACGAUUCCGGAGAGUGUUUCUCUCCGGCACAAUGCCUUCUGUGAACGUUGCCAAUGAUCAAGACACGCUGGAGCUACUGCAAGCCCUCUUGAUGCUAAUAUCGGUUUCGUCUUGGUUCAUCAAUAAUCCACCCUACCAUGAGUCAUUAUCUAUACGAAGUCAUAUGGCCACACUCCUUCGAAAAGACGGAAUUAACCGUCUCCCCGAGUAUGACGGCACCUGGACGAGCUGGAUUCGUCGGGAGUGUGUCAAGCGUACAAAGCUAAUUGUCUGCUGUUUCUUCAACAUUCACACGAUUGUUUUCGAUAUUCCCCCCGUCAUCCUCACUGAAGAGCUUUCCUUGGAUCUGCCCUGUACGGAGAAAGAGUGGCAAGCUCCUAGGGCUGAUGUCUGGCAGGUGGCACGUACCCAGAGCCCCGGGGAACCGAAUCUUCAGGACGCUCUCUCUGCACUAUUUACCCCCAACAGCGGCAUGGAGCGGUUUUCCUCGCUCGGUGGAUAUGUGCUCAUUCACGCAUUACUGCAAGAUAUCUGGGUGAUGACCAAGGCAGGUCGUCUCGCCCUCGCCCGCGGUCAUCGUCUUGGCUCAUCAAUUGUAUCCACACCGGAGCUUAUCUCCAUUGAACAAGCUUUGGAGCGGUGGUGUCAGUGCUGGGAACGUAACCAAGAAUCAUCCAUUGACCCAAUGAGCCCACACGGCCCUGUCUCUUUCACAUCGGCUGCACUCGUCCGGCUGGCAUACAUCCGACUCAAUGCAGACUGUGGGUCAGCUAGGCAACUACAAACCUGGGACCCUGUCCAGAUUGCUACAAGUCUUAAAGACAAUCUCCGUGUCCAACGCGGAGAUCGGCUCACCCGCGCAGCACUCCACUGUGCCCACGCCCUUUCCACCCCGGUCAAACUAGGCAUUGGAUUCGUCGCCCACUCGCAGGUGGCGCUAUGGUCGAACCAGCACGCCCUAUGCUCGCUAGAAUGUGCUGUAUUACUGGCUAAAUGGCUCGAGGCGGUGACGGUUCAAGACCCAAGCCCCGGGCUGACGGAGCAGGAGAUCCGCUUGCGGGACUUUGUACUUGAGAUGGUGAUGGAGGUACAGCAUGGUGUCUCGCGCGAAUGGCUGCUGGCAACCAACACUAGACUUAGCGCGGCGGUGACCCGCCUCUGGGCGCGCCUUUUCACUGCAGACUAUAUUUGGGAGAUGGUUUGUCUGAUUGGGCGGAGUUUGAAUAGUUAUGCCGAUUUGUUGGAGGGGCAGGCAUAA